AUGGCUACCUUGGUUGUACCCCCAAUUCCUCCUUGCCCAAGAGAUGAUGCUAUGCAUCUUCACCAUGCUUUAAAAGGACUUAAGUGUGAUACCGAUGCUGUUGUGAAUCUCCUUGCUCAUAGAGAUGCCACACAACGAGCCAAUAUAGUACAAGAAUUCAGAGCUAUAUAUUCCGAGGAACUUUCUGAAUGCCUAGAGAAGGAGCUUCAUGGAAAGUUAGAGAGUGCAAUUCUUCUGUGGAUGCAUGAUCCUGUAGUGCGCGACGCAGUAAUCAUUAGGCAGUGUCUAGCUGUGGACUCAAGCUUCCACGGUGCCACCGAAAUAAUAUGUUCACGCACUCAUUCGCAGAUGCAAUCCAUAAAAGAAGUCUAUCUUUCCAAGUUUGGUGCUUCUGUUGACCAUGAUGUUGAAGCACACACCUCCGCCGACCAUAAAAAGAUCUUGCUUGCAUAUUUGAACAACCCUCGUGAUGAAAGCGAUGAGGUUGACAUGGAACAAGCUGGGAAAGAUGCAAAGGCUUUGUAUAAAGCAGGGGAAAAGAGACUUGGAACAGAUGAGGACACUUUUAUCAAAAUUUUCAGCGAACGGAGUGCACCACAUUUGGUUGCUGUCAACUCUUACUACAACCAUGUGCAUGGUCACUCACUCAAGAAGGCGGUAAAGAAUGAAACAUCAGGGCAUUUCCGUCAUGCGCUUUUAACAAUAGUCCAAUGCGCCGAAAAUCCUGCAAAAUAUUUUGCAAAGGUGUUGUAUAAGUCAAUGAAAGGGUUGGGAACUGAUGAUGUUACACUUACAAGGGUAAUUGUAACGAGGACUGAGAUCGACAUGCACUAUAUCAAAAUCGAAUAUUUUAAGAAAUACCACAAGACAUUGAACGAUGCAGUUCACUCAGAUACACUUGGCCACUAUAGGGAUUUUCUUCUUCAGCUUUUGGGUCCCAAUGUAUAG